AUGCCUCGCGAGAAAUCCGAAGAAGCGCAGUGGUGGUACCACGCCGUCUACUCGGCCAUCCAGCAAAUCCCCCACGGCAAGGUCACCAGCUACGGCCACAUUGCCUUGCUCCUCGACUUCCCGAAACGUGCAAGACAGGUUGGUGUGUGUCUCAAACACCUGCCUACCUUUGAUCCUGCCAAUCCGGACCAAUUCUUCUUUCACGAUCAGAAUGUCCCUUGGCAGAGGGUGGUCAACUCCAAGGGCGGCAUCAGUCCGCGUGGUGAUGACGGAGCAGCUGCAAACAGACAGGCGGAGAGAUUGCGUGCGGAAGGGGUCGAAGUCAACCCGGCCAGGGGCAUUGAAGAGAUGACGGUCGACUUUGGCAAAUAUGGUUGGUUUCCAUCCAGACUCCCGGAAGAGGAGAGCGAGGAUGACAUGCAGGCCCAGCAGAAUGAGUGA